CUGUUUCUGUAGUGCAGUGCCUGGAGAUGACCACCAAGCGGAAAAUCAUCGGCCGACUGGUGCCGUGCCGAUGUUUCCGAGGUGAAGAAGAAAUCAUCUCAGUUUUAGACUACUCCCACUGCAGUCUUCAGCAGGUGCCGAAGGAGGUCUUUAACUUCGAGCGGACAUUAGAGGAGCUUUAUCUAGAUGCCAAUCAAAUCGAAGAGCUACCCAAGCAAUUGUUCAACUGUCAAGCUCUAAGAAAACUAAGUAUUCCUGAUAAUGAUCUUUCAAAUCUGCCAACCACUAUUGCUAGUUUAGUUAAUCUUAAAGAACUCGACAUCAGUAAAAAUGGUGUACAAGAAUUUCCAGAAAACAUUAAGUGCUGUAAGUGUUUAACAAUUAUUGAAGCCAGUGUCAAUCCCAUUUCUAAACUCCCUGAUGGCUUCACGCAGCUUCUAAAUCUGACCCAGCUCUACCUGAAUGACGCCUUUCUUGAAUUUCUUCCAGCUAAUUUUGGAAGACUUGUCAAAUUGCGGAUCUUGGAGUUAAGAGAAAAUCAUUUGAAAACUCUACCAAAGUCAAUGCACAAACUGGCCCAGUUGGAAAGACUUGACCUAGGCAAUAAUGAAUUCAGUGAGCUGCCUGAAGUUCUGGAUCAAAUACAAAAUUUAAGGGAGCUGUGGAUGGAUAAUAAUGCAUUACAAGUGCUACCUGGGUCUAUAGGGAAGUUAAAGAUGUUGGUAUACCUGGAUAUGUCAAAAAACAGAAUAGAAACGGUUGACUUGGACAUUUCUGGAUGUGAAGCCCUUGAGGACCUCUUACUGUCAUCCAAUAUGUUGCAACAGUUGCCUGACUCUAUAGGACUGUUGAAAAAACUAACUACUCUAAAAGUAGAUGACAAUCAACUUACAAUGCUACCCAACACAAUCGGAAAUUUAUCGUUAUUGGAAGAAUUUGACUGCAGCUGUAAUGAACUGGAGUCUCUACCUUCUACUAUUGGCUACCUUCAUAGUCUUCGAACAUUAGCAGUCGAUGAGAAUUUCCUUCCAGAAUUACCCCGAGAAAUUGGAAGCUGUAAGAAUGUAACAGUUAUGUCUCUACGCUCCAAUAAACUGGAAUUUCUUCCUGAAGAGAUUGGACAGAUGCAGAAGCUAAGAGUCUUAAAUUUGAGUGACAACAGAUUGAAGAAUUUACCAUUCUCGUUUACCAAACUUAAAGAGCUUGCAGCUUUGUGGCUUUCUGACAAUCAGUCCAAAGCCCUUAUCCCUUUGCAAACUGAAGCCCAUCCAGAAACAAAGCAAAGAGUAUUGACUAACUACAUGUUUCCCCAGCAACCUCGUGGUGAUGAAGAUUUCCAGUCAGACAGUGACAGCUUUAACCCUACACUGUGGGAAGAGCAGAGACAACAACGCAUGACUGUUGCCUUUGAAUUUGAAGAAAAAAAGGAAGAUGACGAAAAUGCUGGGAAAGUUAAGGAUCACUCCUGCCAAGCCCCCUGGGAAAGGGGCCAGCGUGGGAUUACUCUCCAACCUGCCAGACUGUCUGGCGAUUGCUGCACACCAUGGGCCAGGUGUGAUCAGCAGAUCCAAGAUAUGCCCGUCCCCCAGAAUGACCCACAGCUGGCAUGGGGUUGUAUAAGUGGCCUCCAGCAGGAAAGGAGCAUGUGUACUCCAUUGCCAGUUGCAGCACAAUCCACCACUCUUCCCUCUCUAAGUGGCAGACAGGUUGAAAUAAACCUAAAACGAUAUCCAACUCCUUAUCCAGAGGAUUUAAAGAAUAUGGUAAAAUCUGUUCAAAAUCUGGUGGGUAAGCCAAGCCAUGGAGUGCGUGUUGAGAAUUCAAAUCCAACUGCUAACACGGAGCAAACUGUGAAAGAAAAAUAUGAACACAAGUGGCCUGUAGCCCCAAAGGAGAUUACAGUGGAGGAUUCUUUUGUUCAUCCAGCUAAUGAAAUGAGGAUUGGGGAACUUCACCCUUCAUUAGCUGAGACCCCUCUGUACCCACCCAAACUUGUUCUGCUAGGGAAGGACAAAAAAGAAUCAACUGAUGAGUCUGAAGUUGACAAAACUCACUGUCUGAAUAACAGUGUUUCCUCAGGCACUUACUCAGACUACUCGCCUUCCCAGGCUUCCUCAGGAUCCUCUAACACCCGGGUUAAAGUGGGGUCCUUGCAGACAACAGCUAAAGAUGCAGUACAUAAUUCUUUAUGGGGUAACAGGAUUUCGCAAUCUUUCCCACAGCCUCUCGAUUCAAAGCCAUUACUCAGCCAGCGGGAGGCUGUUCCCCCGGGGAAUGUACCGCAGCGUCCAGACCGGCUGCCAAUGAGUGACGCCUUCACAGACAACUGGCCUGAUGGUUCACAUUAUGAUAACACAGGGUUUGUUGCAGAGGAGACCGCAGGCGAGAAUGCCAACAACAAUCCUCUCUUAAGUUCAAAAUCUAGAAGCACAUCUUCUCACGGACGCAGGCCUUUGCUUAGGCAGGAUAGGAUUGUUGGUGUUCCCCUGGAACUCGAGCAGUCUACACACAGACACACACCAGAAACAGAAGUGCCUCCUUCCAAUCCCUGGCAGAAUUGGACCAGAACCCCUAGUCCUUUUGAAGACAGGACCGCUUUCCCUUCCAAAUUAGAGACAACCCCCACCACCAGCCCAUUGCCUGAAAGGAAAGAACAUAUAAAAGAAUCUGCUGAAAUACCUAGUCCUUUUUCUCCAGGAGUACCAUGGGAGUAUCACGAUUCCAAUCCCAACAGGAGUCUUAGCAAUGUCUUUUCUCAGAUCCACUGCCGCCCAGAAUCUUCUAAAGGUGUUAUUUCCAUUAGCAAAAGCACAGAGAGGCUUUCCCCACUCAUGAAAGAUAUCAAGUCCAAUAAAUUCAAAAAGUCCCAGAGUAUCGAUGAGAUUGACAUUGGUACGUACAAGGUGUAUAACAUACCGUUAGAAAACUAUGCUUCUGGGAGUGAUCACUUAGGAAGCCAUGAACGGCCAGAUAAAAUGUUGGGACCAGAGCAUGGUAUGUCCAGUAUGUCUCGAAGCCAGUCGGUCCCAAUGCUGGAUGACGAGAUGCUCACGUAUGGAAGUAGUAAAGGGCCACAGCAACAAAAAGCUUCCAUGACCAAAAAAGUCUAUCAGUUUGACCAAAGCUUCAAUCCCCAAGGAGCAGUGGAAGUUAAAGCCGAAAAGAGGAUACCGCCCCCGUUUCAACACAAUUCUGAGUACGUGCAACAGCCCGGCAAAAACAUCGGCAAGGAUUUGGUUAGUCCCAGAGCUUACAGAGGAUACCCACCGAUGGAGCAAAUGUUCUCGUUUUCUCAGCCAUCCGUUAAUGAGGAUGCUGUGGUGAAUGCCCAGUUCGCAAGCCAAGGUGCCAGGACGGGCUUCCUGAGAAGAGCCGACUCCCUGGCGAGCUCCACAGAGAUGGCCAUGUUUAGAAGGGUCAGUGAACCUCAUGAGCUGCCUCCGGGUGAUAGGUACGGCAGACCUCCGUAUAGGGGCGGUCUGGAUCGCCAAAGCAGCGUUUCAGUGACUGAGUCCCAGUUCCUGAAAAGGAAUGGCAGGUACGAAGAUGAACACCCUUCAUAUCAAGAAGUGAAAGCUCAGGCGGGAAGUUUUCCAGUUAAAAACCUUACGCAGAGGAGGCCAUUGUCUGCAAGAAGCUACAGUACAGAGAGUUACGGUGCCUCCCAAACCAGGCCAGUUUCAGCUAGGCCUACUAUGGCAGCUCUUUUGGAAAAACUGCCAUCUGACUAUAACUUGGGUAACUAUGGUGACAAGCCAUCAGAUAACAGUGAUAUAAAGCCGAGGCCCGCCCCUGUGAGGGGAGAGGAGAGCUGUGGGAAAAUGCCUGCAGACUGGAGACAGCAGCUGCUUAGACAUAUAGAAGCUAGAAGGUUAGACAGGAAUGCUGCUUACAAACACAACACAGUUAACCUUGGCAUGCUGCCCUAUGGAGGUAUUUCAGCAAUGCAUGCAGGCAGAAGCAUGACUUUAAACUUGCAGACUAAGUCUAAAUUUGAUCUACAAGAACUACCUCUUCAGAAAACCCCGUCCCAGCAAAGCAACAUUUUAGACAAUGGACAAGAAGAUGUAUCUCCUAGUGGCCAAUGGAAUCCUUAUCCUCUUGGGAGGCGGGAUGUACCUCCGGACACCAUUACUAAAAAGGCAGGCAGCCACAUCCAGACUCUGAUGGGGUCCCAAAGCCUUCAGCAUCGGAGCCGGGAGCAGCAGGGAUAUGAGGGGAAUAUAAACAAAGUGACCAUCCAGCAAUUUCAGUCACCAUUGCCUAUUCAGAUCCCCUCUUCACAGGCCACCCGGGGACCUCAGCCUGGACGGUGCUUAAUUCAAACUAAAGGGCAAAGGAGUAUGGAUGGCUAUCCGGAGCAGUUUUGUGUGAGAAUAGAAAAGAAUCCUGGCCUUGGAUUUAGUAUCAGUGGAGGAAUUAGCGGACAAGGAAAUCCAUUUAAACCUUCUGACAAGGGUAUCUUUGUUACUAGGGUUCAGCCUGAUGGACCAGCAUCCAACCUGCUGCAGCCUGGUGAUAAGAUCCUUCAGGCAAAUGGACAUAGUUUUGUACAUAUGGAACAUGAAAAAGCUGUAUUACUACUGAAGAGUUUCCAGAACACAGUAGACCUAGUUAUUCAACGUGAGCUUACUGUCUAAAUAUUUUUUAUAAAUAGUGAAGAUACGUCUAGCCAGACCUAAUGUUCAAAAAUAAAUUUAUACAUAGAAACAAAUUUUGCCAAUUGCUGGACCAAUGGCAAACAUUAGUGCCAAAUGUAUAAUACGAUAUGUUAGCACUGAUCAUCCUUAAAAAUGUUAACUAUAUAAAUAUGAUGUUCAUGUGGUUAUGUAUUAGUUUUAAUUGUCAGCCUCUGGCUGUGCAUUGGUGCAGUUUUGUUUUUGUUUUUGUUUUGUUUUUUUUAAUCAAAUAAGUUUCUUCUCGAAGUGGAUUUCAUAUAAUUUCAGAGCACGGAAGCACAUACAAGCUCUUUACAAAUUCUGCUCUCCAUCAAAAACACUGCCUCAAAGUUGUAUAUGCCUUUAUAUAGAAAAUACAAAUAUAAAGAAUUGUAAUUCCCAUAAAAUAUUUCUAGCACAGGUAUAUGUUGGCAUAUAUACAAAAAGAAUAUAGAGAAAAACAAUAUUUUCAUAAACUAAACAUCUCGGAUUGAGAAAGAAACUAUAUCUUAAAAUAAGACUUUACUAUAUUGAAUCUUUUUCAAUAAAAAAUUACAUGAUAAUGCCUUAUGAAAGUAACUGUACAUAU